AUGACGGCCAUUACCGACUACAGCAAGUGGGACCACAUCGACAUCAGCGACGACGAAUCGGACUGCCACCCGAACAUCGAAAAGGAGACAUGGUUCCGCCUCAAGCGUCGCCAAAGAGAAGAGAAGGAACAGGAGCAGAACGCCCGCAAGGCCGAGCUUGAGAAAGGGAUCAAGGCAGGGUUGGCGAGAGUGGCGGAGCUGGAGCAGAGGUCUGCCGCCGUGAAAGCGGAGGGAGGGGACGUGGACGGAGAGGAUCCGGUGGCUCUAACGGUUGAGGCCGAGGAGCUACAAAAGGCAGUGGAAGCGAAGAGGAAGGAGGUGGAGUCCAUCGAGCGCAACAAGACCUGGAACUGGGAGAACAUGUGCCACGUCACUGAGGAACGGACCAUCAUCAACAAGAGCGCCGACAGCGAGGCAAAGGACACGACGAUGCGAUCUGCGCUUCCCCCGAAGCUCGCGGCGGCUCUCGGAGAAAAGCCGAGAGCGGUCACCGCCCCAGGCCCGGAAACCACCACCCAGGAGGUGCACUCUUACUCGGACUUCGUGCAGGAGCAUGAGGACGUCAUGGAGAAGUACAGCGAGCUGCACUCGAUGGAGAAGACCAGGGAUUUCCUGCGGCAGCACGGGGACAUCCUGUUCGCCGACCACUGCCAGAGCUACCUCCUCCUAUCCUGUCUGGAAGACGAGAUGAACGGCAAACACGAGCGGAUGAAGCUAGUAGCGCGGCAGAGCCAGCUCUUGUCGAGCAUCACGGAGCUCGCCGUUUCCCUCCGCCGCCCUCCGCAAGACGUCGUUCCCGCCUUGUUUUUGCGUCUCGAUGAAGCGGAGCACUCCCAGAGAUUCAGGGACGGUGUCAACGACUUUGUGGCCAAGGUCCAAAACCGAGCGGUAGAGAAGCGUAAGGAGAUGGAAGCGGAAGAGGCGGAGGGGUUGGACCACGAGACCAUCGAGCUCACGAAAGAGGAGCGCAUGGGUCCCGGUGGGCUAGACCCCUUGGAAGUGUUCCCCACCCUGCCGGAGAAGAUGCAGAUCGCCUUCGACCAGAAGGAUACCCCGAUGCUCCAGGAGGCGCUCUUGGAACUGACGGACGAGGAGCGAAAAUACCACAUGAAGCGCGUCGUGGACUCCGGCCUGUGGGUGCCCGGGGCCGGAGGGAGUACGAGGGUCGAAGACGAAGAAAAUGACAACGACGAGGAGGAGGAGGAAGAGGCGGCCGGGCAGGCGGUGGGGGAGGUGACCGGAGAAGCGCCGGGGACGAAGGUCCCGGCGAGCCCGCCCAGCCCGACCGGGGUCGGGAGCAGCGAGGAGGCGUGAUGAUCGCCAUGCCUUGAAGACCAAAAAAUAAAGAUAGCAUGUUGGGGGGAACACAUGCUUCGUGCUUCAUAUUCUCCAGAGUAUAUCCGUAGUGGGCCGGCUCUGUAUAUGGCCGCCCAGUGUCGCCAGGAGAUUUGGCAGGCCUUGUCACGGGCACCCGAGGACUGUAGUGUUGGCUUGUCACCGUUUCGGAAUGCGGGGUGGGAUGGGGCGGGCGAAGCGGUGCUGUGUAGUCGGAGGAGAGCUGGAGGUUAAUUGCGUUUUCCCAGGCGAAGAAAUGUGUCGAGUUUUCGGUUGUGUGGUGGGGCAGUCGGUUCGAGGCAGGUUUGAGAACGCCGUCGCCACGGUCCCUCGAUGUUCCCGCUUUCGUUUCUAGAUUGACAAUGUAGUGGCAAACAACAAUCACCGCGGUAUAUCGGGGCACCGCACUAUUGAGUGUUGGGGAGUAUAAAGCUUUCAGUAUAGUAGCCCAGUCCCGCGACAAGCGAUGUUUACAGCGGUUUAUCGGGACUCGGGACCGCGGUAUUCGGGACCACCGAUGUGCUGUCCCGCGUCUUUUGAGCACGGGCGGGUGGGUAGCAAGCAGCCGGGGCGCAGAUUGUGUGUUGUCACGUCGUGACAAAGGCACUACCAGAUCCAGCAACAACCAGAGCCCACCAUCUGGCGAUGGGGCUUGGUGUUCGCGACUGGUGGUGACUAAAGAUUCUACGGCAGUAGUACGUACGAGUUUGUUGAUGUUUCAUCCUUUGGUUCCGUGCUUGAGGGAUGAGUCGUCCUCCUUGUUUCUUAAACGUUGUUGUACG